AUGAGAAGAACCAAACGAUGUUCUUCUUCAUCCUCUUCUCAUUCUUCUGAAUCCAAUCCUAGUAAUAAUCAUAACAGCAACAAUGGUGUUAGAGUAAGAGGGACGUGGAGUGCGGAAGAAGAUAGGGUUCUGACUGGGCUUGUGGAGGCCCAUGGGCCGAAAAACUGGGCCUUGAUAAGCCUACACGUAAAGGGCCGGUCUGGGAAGUCGUGCAGGUUACGGUGGUGCAACCAGCUAAGUCCAACGGUGGAGCACCGACCGUUCACCACGCGUGAGGACGCGAUUAUCUUGCACGCGCACGACCGGUUAGGGAAUAAGUGGGCCGCCAUUGCGAGAUUGCUUCCGGGCCGGACCGAUAACGCCGUUAAGAACCACUGGAACGCCACGCUCAAGCGCAGGGCCUCCCAACGACGUCGUUUUGGGGAUGACCCAUUGACUGCGCUGACUCUGGCGCCGCCGGGUAGCGGCGGCGGAGGUUGGACGGGGGGGUUUCGCGAUGUGGUUGCGAGGGAAGUCAGAGAAUAUGUGUCUUUCUCGUUUUCCGACAAGUUGGGCUCUAACGAGAAAUUAUCCAAAUACUAAUUUUUAUUCGGUAAUGGAAUUUAUGUUGUUAAA